UCUGACUGAAAGCACUCGGACUGUCGCGGUCAGUUCACCAUGGACAGGGCAGCUGUGGUGACGAGCCACAGGACUCCUACACUACCUGAAUGCAGCAUCUCCACCUCCACUUUGGCCUUUGACCGGCACUUCACCACCACUGCAAAAGGACUACUCCUCAUGGCCGAGAUAGUGUUUGGUAUGUUGGUGUGGAUUCUGGUCGGGGGCACAGACUAUUUUCGGCUGUCUGCGCUCUGCUGGGUGAUGUUUGUUGCAGUACUGUUCUGGGUUCUGACUGUUGGUCUGUUUGUUAUUUACCUCACUGGAGUCCAUCACAGGAUACCACAAGUCCCCUGGACUACACUGUCUCUCUGUUUGAACUGCAGUGCCACAGUUCUGUAUCUGGUGACAGCAGUAGUGGAUGCUCUUUCAGUCAACCAGGCCAUUAGGGGACGACACAACUACAACUGCUGGGCAACAUCUGCAUUCUUUGCAUGUCUGACAACAGUGUGCUACACAGGAAGCACUUACCUGAGUUACUAUUCCUGGAAACUGACAGAGGAGGGACAAUUAUCUCAUCACUAGCUGGUUGAAGACAACAUUCUGGAGACUUUUCCUGAGGAAUAUGUUAUGGAGAUCUACCUUCAGACCAGGAGAAGGCUUUAGCCAAAUGAAACACUUGAAAAGAAACUACAGUGCAUGUCAAUGAUGUUAUCUUUUUUUUACACGUCAUAUUUUAGGGGUCAGAAAAAGAAGACAUCGUCUCUCUACAAGAUGUGGUGGACUCUGUAACUCUGUCCAGUAAAGUUGAGAAAGUUAUAAGCAUGAAGGACACUAGUCAAUUGAAAAGUCUGUCAAAUCAGACAGAGCUUUACUCUAAAGACAAAUGUGUCAAAAAAACACAUCAUGUGUUGAGUUUCAACACAUCUGAGAGUUGAAUUUAUCACAACACUUUUUGUGUAAGUCUUUACACAAUCCCUGUGUUAGCUUAUUGUGUUGUCCCAAAAGUACACGCUGAUGUGUUAAAAAUGUGUUCUUUUCUAUUUAUACUGAAAAGCAUCCUGAAAUUCAAAAUCGUUUGCUUAAAUUCAGCUUAACUGCUCACAAAAUAAAUAAGCCUUUGUAUCAAA